CACAAGGGAGACCCAAAAGAAACCCACUUUUAGGAAAAGUGAGAAUGUCUCUUGCCACAACAAAAAGCGUUUAUGACACUUCCAAGUGAUGAUUAUAAAGAGCAAAUCUCAACUCUAGUUCCCAAACAAACCCAGCUUUCGUACAAGUAUAAUCACCUCAACACAGAUAAGUAAAAGGCAUAGGACAAUGACAGGGCUGGGCUCUUCGUGCGGAGCAUGCAAAUUCCUGCGAAGAAAGUGCACAAGCGAAUGUGUGUUCGCACCGUAUUUCUGUUAUGACCAGGCUGCAGCCCACUUUGCCGCAGUGCACAAAGUGUUUGGUGCAAGCAAUGUUUCAAAGCUAUUAUUGCACCUACCAGUACACAAUCGAGGCGAUGCUGCUAUCACCAUAUCUUAUGAAGCACUGGCUAGGAUGCGAGAUCCUAUAUAUGGCUGCGUUGCUCAUAUCUUCGCACUGCAACACCAGGUUGCCAGCUUACAAGAGGAGAUAGAAAUCCUUGAGAACCAGAUGGCUAGUCUCACAGUUGGUGUCGCCGGUUUUGGAAGUUCGCCAACAAUCUCAAACCCGAACUGUGAGAUGCUGUUUUCCUUCCAACAAGAUGCCAUGAACACACAAUAUUACCAGAAUCCACAAUCUGCACAGCUAAACCAUUCAGGAUAUACAACUGGGAACCAAACUUUUGAUGGCCAGAUGAACGUGCCACUUCCUCCUUUAUAUGGAUGGGAAGACCAAGACAUUUUUUGCAACUCUCACCCACGUCCUUUAGAGAGACUCCUCGAGGAAGUUGACAAAGAGAUGUUCACAUAUUGUUCAUGGCCGGACAGCGGAAACAUCAUCAUAUGAGAAGAUCCAAACUCUUGGCGAAAAUGUUAAUGGCAAGUCAGGGAUUGUGCAACAGAUGUUUCAUGGAUCAAUAAGGAAAAUUUUGUGUUCGCAUCUUUGUAAUUUCAGUUGUGUAGAUUACAACGAUUUCAAGGUCAAGGUAUGAGCUUCCAAAUAAGCAUUUCCAGUCA